UCAGUGAGGAACAGAAGUAGCCGGCUGGCUCUAUCAUUCCUCCGCACACAGGACCGACUUCAGGGAAAAGCGAGGCUGAAGUUGAGCUUUGCGUCCGGCGACGUCCCCGGAAUAGCGACGUGACACGGAGCGGCGAGAGCGGAGGUUCUACCGCCGUCGGGCUCAAAGUGGUGGGCAGCGCUCCGGAGGAUCUGGCUAGCAUCAGGAAGCGGUUCUCUGCGUCGUCCUCGGAGCUCGGCCACCCGCUAGCGAUCAGCGCGGCGCUGGAGGACCGAGGCAGCGAGCUUCAAACACGACCGCACUGAGAUCAGAUCCUCCAGCCGAGCGACACACGACGCAGCUUGAUCCAAGAUGGCGGACCGCUUCGACUGCGCCCACUGCAAGGAGUCCCUGUACGGCCGCAAGUACAUCCAGUCGGAGGAGCGGCCUCACUGCAUCCCCUGCUACGACAGCCUCUUCUCCAACACCUGCGACGAGUGCAAGGAGCUCAUCGCCCACGACGCCCGGGAGCUGUUCUACGAGGACCGCCACUACCACGAGCACUGCUUCCGCUGCUUCCGCUGCGAGCGCUCUCUGGCCGACGAGCCCUUCACCAGCCAGGAGGAGGCGCUGCUCUGCAACGACUGCUACUGCAGCGAGUUCUCCUCCAAAUGCGUGGCCUGCGACCAGACUGUGAUGCCCGGAAGCAGGAAGCUGGAGUACGGCGGCUCCACCUGGCACGAGAGCUGCUUCACCUGCAGCAGCUGUGAGCAGCCAAUCGGCUCCAAGUCCUUCAUCCCCGACAAGGACGAGCACUACUGCGUGCCCUGCUACGAGGACAAGUUCGCCCCGCGCUGCACCCGCUGUAAAAAGACCCUGGCCAAGGGGGGCGUGACGUACCGGGACGAGCCCUGGCACAAGGAGUGCUUCGUGUGCACCAGCUGCCAGAGCCAGCUGGCGGGACAGCACUUCACCUCCCGGGACGACGUCCCCUACUGCCUCAAGUGCUUCAGCAGCCUGUACUCCAAGAAGUGUGAGGCCUGCUCCAAGCCCAUCACAGGCUUCGGCGGGGGGAAGUACGUGUCGUUCGAGGAGCGGCAGUGGCACCAGAGCUGCUUCACCUGCACCGCCUGCUCCGUCACCCUGGUGGGGGCCGGCUUCUUCCCCGACGGGGACCGCAUCCUCUGCCGCGAGUGCAACAGCAGCCUAUAAUAUCUCUCACCCGCUCUCUCUCUCUCCCUCACCCGCUCUCUCUCUCUCUCUCUCUCUCUCUCUCUCUCUCUCUCUCUCUCUCUCUCUCUCUCUCUCUCUCUCUCUCUCUCUCUCUCUCUCUCUUCCCCCCCCCCACCCCUGCCAGGUACCCCAGUAAUCCCCAAAAAUCGCAGGGAUUACGAAACGCAAACACACGCACAUACACACAUGCACACACCCACACACACACACGCACACACACGCGCAAAAAAAGCACACACACACCUUAUACACACACGUUUUAUCCUUCAAGUCCUCUUCUUGCCAAAUAACUAUUCCUUGAUGAAAUCAUUCAAGGAGCGCUUUAUUUUUUAAACUAAUGUCACAUUGUUGUAACAUACGUGACAUAUUACAUACAUGACAUAAAUGUAACAUAUAUUACCCUUCUGCUUUUGAAGAUCCCCAUCCUGAGAAUCAACUAUGCACCCCCCACCCCCCCAACACUUUAAGAGUAUAGAGAGUGAAUGUCCUGAUCCCGUGUGUUGGUGAUGCUGAGUGAACUACUGUGGCCGUUCUAACUGCCGCUUCAACGCUUAUUGAAGCUUUUUUUUAUUUCAGUUAACGUUUAAUGUUUAUUGUCAUGUGUCCUCUAUCUUCAUCCAUCUAUGACCCUUAGAGAGCCCUAGUACACCGUGAUCCACUGCUCUAGAUCCACUGAGUGAUCAACUGCUCCAGAUCCACCCAGUAAUCCACUCCUCCAGAUCCACUGAGGGAUCCACUGAGUGAUCCACUACUAUAGAUCCACUCAGUGAUCCACUACCCCUGAGCCACUGAGGGAUCCACUCCUCCAGAUCCACUGAGGGAUCCACUCCUCCAGAUCCACUGAGGGAUCCACUGAGUGAUCCACUACUAUAGAUCCACUCAGUGAUCCACUACCCCUGAUCCACUAGUCCUGUUGGAGCAGGAGAUAGACCCAACACCCUCACCCCUAGCCCGGCCCAAACGUGACCACUGCCUGUGUCCAACUGCAGGGCCCCGCCCCCCAGGGCCCCUGGCCCCGCCCCCAGGGGGUCCUGCCUCCCACCACUGGGGGACACUGGUUAUAUUCCUCACUGUGGCUCAGAGCCUCUCAGAUAGCUGCAGGAUGGCCCAUAAGGCUGGAUGUGUUUCUUUUUUAAAAGCUUUUUUACAGACUGCAUAAUGCAUAAUAACCUGUGUAUGAUGAUGUGUUGAUGGCUUUCUUUGUAAGUUGGACGGUUAUAGGUGGGAAAAAAAUUAAUACUUAAGAAAUCCUUUUUAUUGCUUUAUUUGAUCUUUGAUGCCUGAGAGUCAGAGUGGAUGUUGGGCGAUUCACCUCGUUCAUUUGUGAAGUCCUCAAAUAAAUGAAUGCCUACACAACCCUU